CGAUCACCUACUCCGAAAAACGAACGCGACACUUCGCUCCAACGACUGGCACAAUUUGGCGGUGGCGGUGUUCUCGGUAACAUCCGGAAAUAAUACUUCGAUCUCAGAAAGGCAUCCUCGCCGUGUCCCCUUGUCCCUCCACCACCUUUCACACCAUGAACACACCUGCAGAUCGCGUAGAAGAUGUAUUUAAAUACAUGCUAGCUAAUGGACUCACCCUCACAUCAUUCCUAUCAAUCAUUUUGACCUCCGUGCAAUUUGGAGACAAAUUGCGGGAAAUGCAACUCCAUAUCCUCAGUACUACCGAAGAUCUUCAUGAUGCCACUGUUGUGAGAAACUGGAUUCUCACAAGCGCCCAAGCAGUUUACAUCAAAGAGAUACAAGCACUCAUGGAAAAAGGGAACGGACUCCACAUGAAUGCCUCCAAACUCCAUCCAGCACAGCUCGAAGUGGGGAAAACCAGCGUACUGAGGCCGCUAUUUGAGUCCAAGGCACCGGCACUUUGGAGACUGCUCCAACACCUCCUUGUGGUGGAAAGCAAGGGACGAGAAGGACGCAGGGCAAAGGUGGUACCGAGUCGAAGUGCCGGGUUAGGUGCCGGAAGAGAUGAAGACGGUUGUGGCGAUCAUGUUAGUGCAGGGCACCAGUCAAAGGGAAACAAUAGGGAGAGGAACUACGCCCUGCUUCAAAUUAAAGGAGUCGUAAUCUUAUCGAUAAUCUUGCAUGGUUGCAAUGAACAGUGCAAUGCAUUGCAGGUGAAGAAUUCAUUCUAUUUGGCUGCUUCGAAUGCUUCGAAAUCCGUCCGUCAGUGGGCUGCGCAUGCCGGACUUGCAGUCUCCCCCUCCUCACUGGAUAACCUUCGAAUGUCACUGAUAAGGAACCAGAAGGAGUUGAAUAAAAGCCUUGGGUCCACUCGAAUAGUGAACUUAGCGUACGACAACUGUGACUUCAAGUUUGGUGUUGGCCAGCCAACAGAUCUUAAGGACCGCACGUUCGAGAGCAUCACUACGGGACUUUUCUUUGCACCCCAAAGGAGGUGCUUCCUGAGCAUUUAGAAUACGCUGAAAGUAUAUGGGACUCACAUCCAAACAACCCCAAUGCUCCCAAUGUCCCACCGAUGAUCACCUUUGCCGAUGUCCUACCGACUACCGAAGCUACAGUCAGAAUCAUGGCACACUGUCGGUGGCACAUCACAUCAGUAUUGAUCGAAGAACACUUCCCUGAGCUUCGAUCUCAUCUUCUUGAUCCUCCAUCGACGUUCCAGUUGUCACCGCAACAAAUGUUGUACUCUACCGCAGAGGCAGUGUAUGCGAAGGCAUCCACAAUUGAUGGGAAUAUUGACGCUAUCAUGUCACUUCUCCAGCAAAGUGGCAUCGUGGAAGCGGGGGUCUUCGAGAAAUACGUUAUUCUUGUACAUGGGGAUCUUGGUACAGUUGAGAAGGUUGAAGGGAUUUUGCGAUCACGGCGCAUUGAAGAAAGCGCGCUUGAGCGCAUGCAUUAUCUUGUGGCUAUACCAGGAC